AUGGCUCCGAAGCGCGAGAUGGUCGACCCCGCGUACCACACCCUCGUGCUCUCCGAGUCGGAUGACGACCUCGACUCCGAGGAGAUCGAGGACGCGCCCGUGUGCGACGACCCACACGCCGCGCUGAGGCGCGUGAGCAGCGCCUUCGACGCGAAGGUUGCGCACCUCACGUCUCCGGGCCUCGCUCCUUCCGAAGCGACCGCGGUGACCCUCGACGCCGAGGUUACCUCCAGGCUGAACGCCGCGCGCGCGAUGCUCUCCAAGGUGAAGCGCGCGCUCCUCGACCCGUUCAAGCAGAUGAUAGAAACAAAGAGGGACGAGGCCGCGCAGUUGGAGGAGGCGAGGGCCGCGGAGCAGCGAGUCCUCCUGGAGCGGCUCACCGCGCAGUCCAAGGGCGUGGACGAGGAGUUGUCCAUGCUCGCCGACGCCGCCGGCCUGAGAUCCGUGUGCGACCUUUACGCCGCCGCGGAGGACGAGGAGAUCGAGGCGCGGGCGAGGCGCGACAAGUCGAGGGCCUGA